GAGCGCACCAAGAUGGCGACACCCGCAGUCCCUCCCGCAGCUCCCCCCGCGCCGCAGUCCGGCAGCGCCGCGCCGGGGCCGCGCUGAGCCCGCCCGACACGAGCUGACCUGCCCGGGGUGCAACAUCUCUAAAGAAGCUGCUGCAGGAUGAAAAGAUGGCAGCGCGGCUGCUCGCACCACCAGGCCCCGAGAGUUUUAAACCCUUCACUCCGGAGUCCCUGGCCAACAUCGAGAAACACAUCGCGGAGCUGAAGAAGAAGCAGCGCUCCAAGCAGGACAGCAGCCACCGGGACGACGAUGAAGACAGCAAACCAAAACCAAACAGUGACCUUGAGGCGGGCAAGAAUUUGCCUUUCAUCUACGGGGACAUCCCUAAAGGGCUGGUUGCUGUGCCACUGGAGGACUUUGACCCUUAUUAUAUGACCCAGAAAACCUUUGUAGUACUAAACAGAGGGAAAACACUCUUCCGAUUUAGUGCCACACCUGCCUUGUACAUUUUAAGUCCUUUUAAUCUGUUUAGAAGAAUAGCUAUUAAAAUUUUGAUACAUUCAGUAUUUAGCAUGAUCAUUAUGUGCACUAUUUUGACCAACUGUGUAUUCAUGACUUUUAGUAACCCGCCAGAAUGGUCAAAGAAUGUGGAGUACACAUUCACCGGGAUUUAUACGUUUGAAUCACUCGUGAAAAUCAUUGCCAGAGGUUUCUGUAUAGAUGGCUUCACCUUCCUGAGGGAUCCCUGGAACUGGCUGGAUUUCAGUGUCAUCAUGAUGGCGUAUAUAACAGAGUUUGUAAACCUAGGCAAUGUUUCAGCUCUGCGCACUUUCAGGGUUCUGAGAGCUUUGAAAACUAUUUCUGUAAUUCCAGGCCUGAAGACCAUCGUGGGUGCCCUGAUCCAGUCUGUGAAGAAGCUGUCGGAUGUGAUGAUUCUGACAGUUUUCUGUCUCAGUGUCUUUGCCCUCAUUGGGCUCCAGCUGUUCAUGGGCAACUUAAGGAACAAGUGUGUGAUUUGGCCAAUUAAUGUGAACGAGACCUUCCUGGAUAAUGGCUCCAGAGGCUUCGACUGGGAGGAAUACACCAACAAUGUGUCAAAUUUUUACAUCAUUCCUGGCGCCCCCGACCCUUUGCUCUGUGGUAACAGCUCAGAUGCAGGCCAAUGCCCAGAGGGAUACACGUGCAUGAAGGCAGGACGGAACCCCAACUACGGCUACACCAGCUUUGACACCUUCAGCUGGGCUUUUCUGGCUCUAUUUCGCCUUAUGACUCAGGACUUUUGGGAAAACUUGUAUCAAUUAACUUUACGAGCGGCAGGAAAAACCUACAUGAUCUUCUUUGUGCUGGUGAUCUUUGUGGGAUCCUUCUACCUGGUGAAUCUGAUUUUGGCUGUGGUGGCCAUGGCCUACGAGGAGCAGAACCAGGCGACCCUGGAGGAGGCAGAGCAGAAGGAGGCAGAAUUCAAGGCCAUGUUGGAACAAUUGAAAAAGCAGCAGGAAGAAGCACAGGCUGCUGCCAUGGUCACCUCGGCAGGGACGGUGUCUGAAGAUGCUGUGGAGGAUGAUGGUGGGGGCAGGAUGUCCCGCAGCUCCUCGGAGAUCUCCAAGCUCAGCUCCAAGAGCGCCAAGGAGCGCCGGAACAGGAGGAAGAAGCGGAAGGACAAGGAGCUGUCGGAGGGAGAUGAGAAGUGUGACAACGAGAAGGUGUUCAAGUCAGAGUCUGAGGAUGGCAUGAGGAGGAAAGCGUUCAGGCUGCCAGAUAACAGGCUGGGAAGGAAGUUUUCCAUCAUGAACCAGUCUCUCCUCAGCAUCCCGGGCUCCCCUUUCCUCUCCCGCCACAACAGCAAGAGCAGCAUCUUCAGCUACAAGGGGCGUUUCCGUGACCCGGGCUCAGAGAAUGAAUUUGCUGAUGACGAGCACAGCACGGUGGAGGAGAGCGAGGGCAGGAGGGACUCGCUCUUCAUCCCCAUCCGCGGCCGCGACCGGCGCAGCAGCUACAGCGGCUACAGCGGCUACAGCCAGGGCAGCCGCUCCUCGCGCAUCUUCCCCACGCUGCGCCGCAGCAUCAAGAGGAACAGCACCGUGGACUGCAACGGCGUCGUGUCCCUCAUCGGGGGGCCGCCCUCCAGCAUGCCCGGGGGCCGCAUCCUGCCCGAGGGUACCACUGAGAUCGAAAUUAGGAAGAAGCCUGGUGGGUCUCUCUUGGUCUCAAUGGAUCAGGUGAAUGCGUCCUAUGGAAGGAAGGAUCGGACCAACAGUGUCAUGACUGGGUUGACCAACACCCUUGUUGAGGAGCUGGAAGAGUCCCAGAGGAAGUGUCCCCCUUGCUGGUACAAAUUUGCCAAUACCUUCCUGAUCUGGGAAUGCCACCCGUACUGGAUGAAGCUGAAGGAGAUUGUGAACUUAAUUGUCAUGGAUCCUUUUGUUGACUUGGCCAUCACCAUCUGCAUCGUGCUGAACACGUUGUUCAUGGCCAUGGAGCACCACCCCAUGACCCCUGAGUUCGAGCACGUGCUCUCUGUGGGAAAUCUGGUUUUCACUGGGAUUUUCACAGCAGAAAUGUUCCUGAAGCUCAUUGCAAUGGAUCCAUACUAUUAUUUUCAGGAAGGCUGGAACAUCUUUGAUGGGUUUAUUGUCUCCCUGAGUUUGAUGGAGCUGAGUCUGGCUGAUGUGGAGGGACUUUCCGUGCUGCGAUCUUUCCGAUUGCUGAGAGUCUUCAAACUGGCCAAGUCCUGGCCCACUCUGAACAUGCUGAUAAAAAUCAUUGGUAACUCAGUGGGUGCCUUGGGGAAUUUGACCUUGGUGCUGGCCAUCAUCGUGUUCAUCUUCGCCGUGGUGGGGAUGCAGCUCUUUGGCAAAAGCUACAAGGAGUGUGUCUGCAAGAUCAGUCCGGACUGUGAGCUACCCCGCUGGCACAUGCACGAUUUCUUCCACUCCUUCCUUAUUGUCUUCCGUGUGUUGUGUGGGGAGUGGAUUGAGACCAUGUGGGAUUGUAUGGAAGUGGCAGGACAGGCCAUGUGCUUGAUUGUCUUCAUGAUGGUCAUGGUCAUCGGAAAUUUAGUGGUGCUGAACCUGUUCUUGGCCUUGUUGCUGAGCUCCUUCAGCGCAGACAACCUGGCAGCCACGGACGACGACGGCGAGAUGAACAACCUGCAGAUCUCGGUGAUCCGCAUCAAGAAGGGCAUCGCCUGGACCAAGGCCAAGGUCAGGGAGUUCAUGCAGACCCACUUCAAGCAGAGGGAGGCCGACGAGGUGAAGCCCUUGGACGAGCUGUACGACAAGAAGGUGAACUGCAUCGCCAACCACACCGGCGCCGACAUCAACCGCGACAUCGACUUCCUCAAGAACGGCAACGGCACCACCAGCGGCAUCGGCAGCAGCGUGGAGAAGUACAUCAUCGACGAGGACCACAUGUCCUUCAUCAACAACCCCAACCUCACCGUGCGCGUCCCCAUCGCCGUGGGCGAGUCCGACUUCGAGAACCUCAACACGGAGGAUUUCAGCAGCGACACGGAUCCUGAUGGCAGCAAGGAGAAACUCGACGAGAGCAGCUCCUCCGAGGGCAGCACCAUCGACAUCAAGCCUGAGGUGGAGGAGGUGCCCGUGGAGGCCCCCGAGGAGUACCUGGACCCCGAUGCCUGUUUCACAGAAGGUUGUAUGCAGCGCUGCAAGUGCUGUCAGGUCAAUAUUGAGGAGGGGCUGGGAAAGUCGUGGUGGACCUUGAGGAAAACUUGUUUCCUAAUUGUGGAGCACAAUUGGUUUGAGACUUUCAUCAUCUUCAUGAUCCUCCUGAGCAGUGGGGCUCUGGCUUUUGAGGAUAUUUACAUCGAGCAGAGGAAAACCAUCAGGACCAUCCUGGAGUAUGCAGACAAGGUCUUCACUUACAUUUUCAUCCUGGAGAUGCUGCUCAAGUGGUGUGCCUAUGGAUUUGUGAAAUUCUUCACCAACGCCUGGUGCUGGCUGGAUUUCCUCAUCGUGGCUGUCUCUUUAGUCAGCCUUAUAGCUAAUGCCCUGGGCUACUCGGAACUAGGUGCCAUAAAAUCCCUUAGGACACUAAGAGCCUUGAGGCCUUUAAGAGCGUUGUCCCGAUUUGAGGGGAUGAGGGUGGUUGUCAAUGCCUUGGUUGGCGCUAUCCCUUCCAUUAUGAAUGUCUUGUUGGUCUGCCUUAUCUUCUGGCUGAUUUUCAGCAUUAUGGGGGUUAACCUGUUUGCCGGGAAAUAUCAUUACUGCUUUAAUGAAACAGCUGAGCAUCGCUUUGAGAUAGAUGUUGUUAACAACAAGACAGACUGCGAGGCUCUGAUGCCACCCAACUCCACGGAGAUCCGAUGGAAGAACGUGAAAAUUAACUUUGACAACGUUGGGGCAGGAUACCUGGCUCUGCUGCAAGUUGCUACAUUCAAGGGCUGGAUGGACAUCAUGUAUGCAGCUGUAGAUUCCAGAAAGCAAGAAGAGCAGCCCAAAUACGAGGACAACAUUUACAUGUACAUUUAUUUUGUUAUCUUCAUCAUCUUUGGCUCCUUUUUCACCCUGAACUUGUUCAUUGGUGUCAUCAUCGACAACUUCAAUCAACAAAAGAAAAAGUUUGGAGGUCAAGACAUUUUCAUGACAGAAGAACAAAAGAAGUACUACAACGCCAUGAAAAAACUGGGCUCAAAGAAGCCUCAAAAACCCAUUCCCCGACCUCUGAACCGCAUCCAAGGAGCCGUGUUCGACUUUGUCACCCAGCAAGCCUUCGACAUCGUCAUCAUGAUGCUCAUCUGCCUCAACAUGGUGACCAUGAUGGUGGAGACAGACACGCAGAGCAAGCAGAUGGAGGACAUCCUUUACUGGAUCAACUUUGUGUUUGUCAUCUUCUUCACCUGUGAGUGUGUGCUCAAGAUGUUCGCCUUGAGGCACUACUACUUCACCAUCGGCUGGAACAUCUUCGACUUCGUGGUUGUGAUUCUGUCCAUCGUGGGGAUGUUCCUGGCUGAGAUCAUUGAGAAGUACUUCGUGUCACCCACCCUGUUCCGAGUCAUCCGCCUGGCUCGCAUCGGCCGCAUCCUGCGCUUGAUCAAGGGAGCCAAGGGGAUCCGCACGCUGCUUUUUGCCUUAAUGAUGUCCCUGCCUGCCUUGUUCAACAUCGGCCUCCUGCUCUUCCUGGUCAUGUUCAUCUUCUCCAUCUUCGGCAUGUCCAACUUCGCCUACGUCAAGCACGAGGCCGGCAUCGACGACAUGUUCAACUUUGAGACCUUUGGCAACAGCAUGAUCUGCUUGUUCCAGAUCACCACGUCGGCCGGCUGGGACGGGCUCCUGCUGCCCAUCCUGAACCGGCCCCCGGACUGCGACCUGGACAAGGAGCACCCGGGCAGCGGCUUCAAGGGGGACUGCGGCAACCCCUCGGUGGGGAUAUUUUUCUUUGUCAGCUACAUCAUCAUCUCCUUCCUGAUCGUGGUCAACAUGUACAUCGCCAUCAUCCUGGAGAACUUCAGCGUGGCGACGGAGGAGAGCGCGGACCCGCUCAGCGAGGACGACUUCGAGACCUUCUACGAGAUCUGGGAGAAGUUCGACCCCGACGCCACGCAGUUCAUCGAGUACAGCAAGCUGGCGGACUUCGCCGACGCCCUGGAGCAUCCGCUGCGCGUGCCCAAGCCCAACACCAUCGAACUCAUCGCCAUGGACCUGCCUAUGGUAAGUGGGGACAGGAUCCACUGUUUGGACAUCCUGUUUGCCUUCACCAAACGUGUCCUGGGGGACAGCGGGGAGCUGGAUAUCCUGAGACAGCAGAUGGAGGAGAGGUUUGUGGCUUCCAACCCUUCCAAAGUGUCUUAUGAGCCCAUCACCACCACGCUGCGGCGCAAGCAGGAGGAGGUGUCGGCCGUGGUGAUCCAGAGGGCGUACAGGGCUCGUUUGGCGCGACGGGGCUUCAUCAGCCGCAGGCCUGCCACCACCAAACUGGAGAACGGGGGAGCCAACAGGGAGAAAAAGGAGGGCACCCCCUCCACGGCGUCCCUGCCCUCCUACGACAGCGUCACCAAACCCGAGAAGGAGAAGCAGCAGCGGGCGGAGGAGGGCAGGAGAGAAAAGGCCAAGAGACAAAAGGACGGCAGGGUGGCCAAGUCUUGAGACACACACACACACACAUUCACACACACACACACACACAAAGAGAGAGAGGGAAAAAAAAUUAACAAAAAAACAAAAAAUAGUAGAAUUGUACGAAUUAAAAUAUUUGCAAGUGAAAAAACAACAACAACAAAAA